UUUGAUUGCAUGCAUCGUUGGGCAAAUAUGGCGAUUAUACGCAGGGCCUACGGUACGGUAACAUAGCACAGCUACAGUCAAUCCCGUGGAUCUGUUUCUUCUAUUCUGAGAAAAUUGAUCGAGGACAAGUUCUAGUACUACUGGGUUAAAUCCAUACACGGCAUCUCCUUGGCAAAUUAACCACAGAAGUCAAGUCAGAUCAGACAAAUACUGGGUUCAUCAGAUUUCUUAUGUCAUCCAGAUUGAAAGACUUACUUCUUGAGAAAUGGCUGUCAAACCCUUAGAGAAUCUCAAGAGCUUCACAACCACUAGGCCACCCUUGGUUGUCUUCACCAUCUGCAUACUCCUCUUUGCCAUAACUCUCCUCUCCCUGGAAUCUUACUUCAAGAGAAAUGAAGUGCCCAAUUAUGACAUUGACUAUGACUGGAACACAUUACUGCAGGGGUUCAGUGAGCUAGAGUUUUGCCUUCUGCCCAACGAGACACAGCCAGAGGCCGUCACCACGACAACCGCCAGCUCUCCUUUCAAUUCAACCUCAACUCCUACUGCUACCACUUCAGCAGACCUCUAUGAAGAACUCGAGGGUUUCUCUCUGCAGAACACCUCUUUGUCAAUAAGUGUGUCAUUUAGGGCCCACACUAGCAGCCAUAGCAAACUCCAUUUUGGCUCAACACAUCUGUACAGCAAAUUUCCUACAGAAGAGCUUGGAAUUACAGGUGGUAGUGAGCAAGUUUAUGUCACGCUGGAGCUGAACGAGCCCCUCAAGCCUCUGGCAUGCAAGGAUAGCGGGUGCACCAGUGAGAGUUUGAGUGCUUGUCUUACUAUCCGUGGACCUCAGUACGUGUUCCCUAAAACAAGGCGACCAGGAACUUGUAAUGGAACAGAGACAUCAAAGCCAGAGAAAGUUGCCAAGAUGCAAGUGAAGCCAAGCAAAGAAAUUGACCCAGUGCAGUGGUGCAAUGACGGGACUGUUGCUAAAGCUGCUCAUCAGUUUGACCCAAAGCUAACAGUCAUGCUAAGCUCGGCUCAGCGCUCCAUCAUCAACAUGCACCUGAUGUAUACAAGUUACUUCCUUUUUGUGAUGCUUAUUACUUGUGUCUGUUACGCAUUGGUGAAGGGACCCCCAGUUAAGUCCAGGACAAUUGCCCAUUCAACAACGAAAGAGAAAAAGAUGUCUGCACCAAUUUGACGAUUCAUCUCUACUACAAAGAUAUUGUGUAUAUAUUCCUUUAGAGCUAUUGUAAAUAUUCUUUCAAGAGUUAUUUGUUAGUAGUGUAUGUUACAAUGAUUUUGAAAUUGAAGACACAUAUAUUCACUAUAUUUUGCUUCAAUAUGCAUUUGUAUUUCGAUUUGAAGUGAAUAAUUAUGUUAUUUCUAUUUCCUGGUGCAUAAAGAAGCUAUUGCCCUUUUCUUUUUUUUCCUCAUGUGGUUGCAGGGGGUUAUAAAUAUAGUAGAAAUGGUCCUUUCAUGGCCUUUUUUAAAAGACUAUUUUUUAAAUAUUUAAGAUCAUAAGAUUCACAUAGAAAUAAAUGAAAUUGUAAAAAAAUAUUUCAGUGUAAGUACCAUGUUCUUAUUUACCAAUACAUGUUGUAAAUCACUACUACUGUGAAUUACUCUACCAAUAUCAGACUAUCCAUGUUCAUGUACAAAAUUACAUACAUUUUGAGUGGCAGAAUCUGGUCCCUCAUGGAAGCCGUUGUCAUCCAAUUGAUGUUUGGUAAAUGGGUGUUGUUGCGGCCAUUAUUUUGAGCUUGGAUUAUUGUAGAAUGUACUGGGGCCCGGGAAUGCAUUAUUCUCAGAAAUUUGUUGGAACAUCCAGGCCUGGGACAUCUACUUUGAGGAGUGGAGAGGAAAUCCAAUGUUGAAGGAAGUUGACUACCGCUGAAGGUCAGUUAGAAUGCAGGCCCAUAAAAACUAUAGUGUACCACAAAUGUCGGUCUUGUUAAACUUUGGUCUAGUGGACAUUCCUGCUAGUUUUGAGGUGGCCUAGUUGAACAAACCUUUGGUCUGGCAAUUUUAUUAUCAUUGGCUGCGGCGGCGGGUGGGGGGGGGGGCAUUUUUUUUUAACUUUGAGGUGUUGUGCACCUUUUAGUUAUUUUGUUUGAAUUUGUGUAAAGUGCUGUAAAAAUUUGUUAAGACUCUCCUGGCCUUUUGCUUCAUCCUCUGUCUAACCUUACUAAAAUUUAAGUGAAAAUAUAAAAUGAACAUAAAAAAGAAUCAUCUCUCUGUUCCAUGAAUGAAAAUUGUAAUAUGCACCCCCCCCCCCAAAAAAAAAAUCAGAAUUGACAUUUAUUAAAGUUCACAUGCCCGAUAUGAUUUUUUUGUAUUGAGGGGGAGGGGUGCGACUUGCUACUCUCCACUCAAAAGUUAUCUUAAAAUGCCACUUCGAAAAGGUUAAAGCCUUUGAUUUUAUUAUAUUUUAUGGAGAUGUCAUCUCAUGUAUGUUGCAAUAAGAUGUUAUUUAAAAAAUGUGCCUGAUAAUUCAUGUACAUGUACUACUCUGUGUAUACACGUGGGUUUAGAAAGCGUAGACUUGUAAGCUCUAGUAGACUUUUUUAUAAAGCCUAUCUGCACUAGUUUGGCCAGGAUGGAUUAGACCUCCCUGCAUGGUCACCGGCGGGUGGUUAUCUCAUAAAAGGUAUACAUACAUUGUUUACUAUAUAGAGGGCGCAUGUAGCUAUAAGUAGUGCAGUGGGGCUUUAAAAGGUAUACCCUCUAAAUACUCAAUCAUUACUAGUUCAUGUAUUCUUUCAUCAUUUGUUUAUACAGUGGAUCUUUUUGUAGGUAGAUCAGCUAUAUUUGGGUAUACACUGUGAUUAACAUUCCAAUUAAGUCUGUUGCAGUUAGAUGCUCUUAAUAUGUGCUUUAAAAAAUCCAAAAAAUCCAAAAAAAUCUGUACAUCCUCUCUUUGCAAAAGUUCGCUAUAAGGGAUUAUUUUGUAGAAAUGUGUAAUUUUUUUAAAUAACUUGAUGCCUGUGCUGAAUGUGGUAAAUAUCAAGUAUGUUACAAAUGUCCAUAUAUUUCAUGUUCUUUCAAAAAUUAUGUGGGUAAUCAACAUAUAAAUGUAAAUGAAAUUUUAUGAUUAAAUGUCAAUCUUGUGGGAAAA